CGCCCUUCCCCCGCCCCGCACUGGGCCUCUGUAAGAUGGAAGACCAAGAAAAUAAACAUCGCAGCUCAGAGUCCUGAGGGGAAAAGUAGCGGAAGGCACAGCAUUGAGUACCCGUCUUCCUAUCCAAAGUCGCAGAGCCAAGCUAAAGGCGGCGCUGCCAUCCUUCAGCGAGGUUCUUCUCCUUCUCUUAAGCCCUCGACCACCUGUCUGUCAUGGACCUCGCUAGCACCGGCUCCAGUUUUCAGUCGGACCUGGAUUUCUGUCCGGAUUGCGGCUCCGUCCUGCCUCUGCCAGGGACUCAGGAUACAGUCACCUGUACUCGCUGUGGUUUCUCCAUCAACGUGAGAGUUCUCACUGCCUGUGCAGACUUCGAAGGGAAGGUUGUGAAGACUUCAUUUGUGUUCCACAAACUGGGGACAGCCAUGCCUAUGUCGAUGGAGGGAGGACCUGAAUUCCAGGGACCCGUGGUUGACAGGCGCUGCUCUCGAUGUGGUCAUGAGGGAAUGGCAUACCACACCAGACAGAUGCGCUCGGCGGAUGAAGGGCAGACUGUCUUCUACACCUGUACCAACUGCAAGUUCCAGGAGAAGGAAGACUCUUAAUUUUUUUUUCUGGAUGACUCAACAAUCCUUCCCUCUCCUCUUCCUUUGAAGGUGAUGGACAUUGGUUCUUAGAUCUCUUGUCCAUCCACUGGUUGCAGUAUUUUGCUCCCAGAAGAGAAGCAUCUCUUCAUCAUGUGAAGAUUACUAUUGUCCCCAGGGUACUCCUAUUUCAGUUGAGUUUUCCUAUUAAAGUUAUAUUUUUCUGUAAGACCUAGA